AUGGUAGAGCAGAAUGACUAUGUUGUCUUGUUUGCAUGUGGCAAGGUUGGAGAGGUUGAGUGUUUUGAGUGGGAUAGGCAGUCUGGGAUCACAUUGGCAGUCUUUAGAGAAGUACAGCCAGAUCUCCAGAAUCUAUUCUUCUUUAGUGAGGCUGGUCAUCACAUAUUAAGGAUGAAACAGGAAUGGGUAAGGAAAACUAAGGUUUAUCAUUCUAAAUUACAAACUAAAUUUUACACCAUACCUGAAAAAUAUAAAACAAUUUUGUUGAUAGCUGACUCAGUGAAGAACAAAAGGUAACCUUAGAGCUGUGAUUAUUGAAGUGUGACUUGCAAUUUUCAUUUGUAUAUGAAGAAGGACUAGUAUUUUGCACCAAAAAUGAAAGGAAGUAAUAUUUUUUAGGAGGUCCAGUGACCUGGACAUUUAAGAAAUUAAAUUAUGAAAAGAAACUUGGUUUGUACUUCAGUCUAGUAACAAGUCUUAUUUUAAAAUAUUUUCAGACUUGAGUUUCAAGUAAAACCGAUUGAAGAAAUCAAGGAAAAGGUGUUAUUUCUUGAAGGGAACAGUGACCACCUCUGCCUUGUCUGCAUGCCAAAUGUUUGUGGAGUGUGCGAAUAA